AAUGUGAAGGAGAUAUCAUAUCACUCUUUCAUUUCAAUCCGUUACAAACGCGUGAAUAACUGUGUACAUAAAAUAUCACCGCCCAAAGUUGUCCUGAGAGUUUAUAUAAAAAUCCUUUUAUCUGGGAACAGUUUGAUAUUAAUAGUUUGUGUACGGUUAAGAAUGUCCAAUAACAAAAGUAUUUAAACGAUAGUGAGGUUAAUAUUGACUGAGAAAAAUUUGCACUCCACAGUCGGGACGACGGAGCGACCAUAAUGACUUGAAUAUGACAUUUAUGGAUUAAUUGUUUGACCUUUUGAGAAAAUGACGACCUAUAGAGAAUUCCGAUUGUUUUUGUAAUCUGGAAACUAGCAUUAUGCGGAUACCAGGAGAGGAAUACGAACGAAUAUGUAGCUUCCACGGCUGGCUAAUACCUCCGAAGGUUGUCUUAGCAUUCAUUUCGUUUGGAAGUCUUUUUGUUUUCCUUGGAACCGUGUUUCUUGCCGUUGGAAGCCCUUUAACAAUUCCUGGAGGUAUUUUAUUGGCUAUUGGACUUAUAUUAGUGUUGGUCAGUAUAGCUCUGUGUUUACAUUCAUGUUUCGUGGUGAGGCUGAGGGAUCAGGAAACCCAAACGUUUGAUGGUAUACACGUCAUUGCUCCGGAGAAAGUAGAUCAGCCAGAUUUCAUUCCAACAUAUGCUGUCAUUGACAAAAAGCCACCACCUUCACCAUCUAGUCUAAAAAAUGGACGCAGUGGCUCGUCUUAUCCAAAGAAAUACGUUACAUUGAACACUCGUCCAGAAUACCAGACCUCUAGAGACAGAACUAUUCCAAUGGAAUAUUACACAUCUAAUAAGCCUGCUCCACCUCCUUAUGGGUACCCGAAUCCAAAAUAUCCCGCUCAGAAUGGCUACGCAAAUUAUGACUAUCCAAAGUCUACUCAUGGUGGAGGACCAUUGCAACCAUCGCAGCCGACACCUUACAGCACGUUGACACAACGAGAUCACAUGACUAAUCAACCAAUAAGAUCAGGCCCGCAAGUUCAAAGGUCUUUCAGUGAAGACUAUGAUAACACAUUUGACACUACGCCGAUGAUGUCAUAUUCAAGUCAUGGCAGCUCAGGUCAAACAUGGCGUAGUAUGAACGACGAUAUUCCAGAGCCUCAACCAUUGGUUUAUCCAUCCGAAAGACGACCAAUGACAUUUCAACAGCAAUCGUCGUCUAAAAUGAGUAUUUAUGAUAAUGUUCAAUUUGGAUUGGAUAAAAUUGGUAAUGAAUGAUGAAUAUCGUGUGUAGCUAUGAUCAUAUCGACUUUAAUACUCACUUUCCAAAUUGAUUUGUGGCAGCAAUUAUAUAAACUGUUCACAAUUUGUUCAUGAACAUAAGUGCCUCUGAAAUGCUGAUUUCAACUGAUGAAAUGGCAAAAGAGUUAGCUUUCGCUUUUAAAGAUAUAUCUGUUGGUAGUUGGCGUUUAUUAAGCUUUUAUAUGUCUCAUUUAUGUUAUUUAGCAAAUCGUUACUGCUAAGAUGGAAAAUCUACACUGAACUCAAAUAUACCAGUAAAGUUUAUAAAUCUGACAAAGUAUGAAAUAUGGCGAGAAUGCACUUUACUCCGCGGGUUGCUGCUGUUUGAUUUUCAUGAAUUUCAUCUAUUUAAAGAUGUUCUAUGUAUAAUUAUUAUAGUCUCAUGAAUCAUUAUGUGCAGCAAGAACAAAAAGAACAUCUGUCUAUAUCAAUUAACCGUUUAAGAAUGUGAUGCAUUUUAGGAAAUAUUUUCAAAAGUGCUGACCGAAACGUGUGAUUGGACAACAUCAUCCUGAAAAUGGAUUACCAACCAAUGGAGUGGCGUCAAUUACGUCAUGUAAUACGACCAAUUUAAGUCACUACAAUAUACUACUAUAUUCUGAAGGAGAUUUAUGGACAAUAGAAAUUAGUUCAUUCUAGCUUUCAGGCGUGCACACAAUAAAGUUACCCACAAUUUUUAAGAUUCUGAAAGAGAACCAUGCAUAGACAAUAUAAUUGGUGCAUUCUUACCGUCGAAACGAGUUGCGAAAAGUAUAAUUAUUCUGUUCUCUGUGCAGAUAUACUGAGUUUACAAUUAUGUAUUUAUACUGCUUGUAAAAUCAUCUAGACAAUUAUCACAAUAAAUUUGUCUGUGAUUUUACCAUUUAAAGGAGCAAACUACCAAUUAAAGCUUUUAUAAAGUUUUGAAAA